GAUGAUCGUCCUAAAAAAUCGCGUGCUUACGACUUCCAAAAAAUUUUACUUGUCGAUAUGCUAAAAGAGGAACGUUCAAAGCUGAAAUAUCCAAAUUACUGGGACAAAGAUCCCAACAACUGGGGAGACGUAAAUGAAUGGGAUAUUUAUUGGAUUGAGAAUCAACCACGUUCAGCGUUAAUUACCAAGCAAAAAUCACAUACGGCCUUAGCUGAGGAACUGAAGCGCUUGAAUCAAAUAUACACGGGAAUACAUCCUGCUUCGUACUCCUUGGCUAAUCCGGCAACAGGUAUUGCCAAGAGUGAUGAAAAUAAGAAAAUUUGGGAUACGAGAGAUCGAAUCGCGUCAUUAAAGCUGGAAUCCGAAUUGAAGAAGGGAAGGCAAGCUGGCCUCCAGAUAGCACGACGAGGAUUUCAAGUAUACGCUGACAAGGAGUUUGAUUCAGUGGAACGAGAACGAACUUUACCCCCUCAACAUGGCUCUUAUACACAGGCACAAACUUCCGAAUAUAAAGUUCAUCCGUCAAAUGUUUCCAUGUCCCCUGGGCGUGAAUCGUUGAAUUACUCCGAAUCAUCCCAGUCAAAAAGAGAUCGGGAAAAGGAUUUGAAUAACGAGAUUGACUAUUUCUUUCAAAGUCCCCCAACCAAUAAUCCAAUUAAGAAAUGGCGGAGAUCAGAAAUCAUAAGCAAUGAACGAGGCAUUUCCAAUGAAGCAGACAACGAGAAGGACAAGGAUGAGUCUGAAGCCACUUUUAUAUCCGAAGAAAAUGAUGAUUCGGGAUUUUUUUCCUUAGGUCAACCCGCAAGUGAUACCGAAGGUCAGAGCCCUCCACCGUUGUUAGUGACAGAAAAACAUGAACUUCCUUAUUGCCUCAAUUGUUGCGCAGAGAUUAGUAACUUUAGCUUAAUCAUAUUUUGUCCGUACUGCGGAACAAAGAUUGUAUCGUCAGAGGAUGAAUCUGAUACGGAUGAGGAAAAUGAUACAGGAGAUAAGGACGAAGAAGAUGAUACCCCUCCAAAAGUCGAUAAGGUUGCCUUUCGCAUGGCUUAUGAGGCUAUCCCAGACGAUUCGAAGUUGCGGUUGAGCAUAGGCACAAUAGUGGAGGACGUUCUCUUCGAAUUUGCCAAGGACAUGGACUAUGAACAUCAUGCCCAUUCAUACAUUGUUGACUUUGACGAUGAGGAUAUCAAAGCGUUAUUUGACGAGGAGGAGUGGAAAGAAUUAACAAAAGAUCGAAUUGGGGUUCCACCAGUUCCACAUGACAUUGCAAAAGAACUAACGAAGUACGGGAAAAAAACGUUAAAAGAAUUACGUGCUGUAGUAUUGACUCCAUACCUCAAAGAGAAUGAAGAAUAUGAUGUCAACAAACAUUACGAACUAGAAUGGAUCCAAAUGGCAUUGCGAACACUUUGCAACCUGUAUGAAAAUGUGGAUGCUCCAUUAAUUAGGAAACAAUACGAAGAUUGGUUCACGGUGGCACUUUUUGGAGCGUGCAUUGAUUUUUGUAUUAGGGACAUCCAACUGGGUACCGACAUUAAAAGAACCGACGCGCCAUCGCUGAGUAGUGCAAACAGGAAGAACCGUGAUCGAAAAGCAAAUACACGUACAAGAAAACUCACCGGUCGUAAAAUUGACGGAAUAAUAUAUACCGUUGACAAACUUCUUGAAGUUGGAGCCAUCGAAGGAGCAAGAUCCUAUUCAGGAGUUUCAGACCAGAAAUAUCUUAUCGAGACUUUUAAGAUGCCGAAGACUCUCCGCGACAUGUAUGUUGAUAUAAUGAAGGCCGUAGGUUAUGACGAUCAAAAAGCAAAUAAAAUUCAAGUGAUUGGCAUUUUACAUCUUGGCUUAUGGAUUCAAUUCGCUAGGUUGUGGCGUGCUGGUGGGUCGAUUUGCAUUUUUCGCAAAGACCCUCUAUCUUAUAAUGUAGAUAGCAAGUUUUCAGAAAUGGGGGUAAUAUCCUUUCUCAAGCUUCUAAUAUCAAUUUAUCAGUAUAAGAUUAUCACAAAGGACAACCUGCAAGUCCUAAAUAUUAGGAACAAUAUUAAGCCAGAAGAUGACUUGACAAAUGAAUUGAUGAAG